AUGAACCAGAUCCAGGUCGUCGGAUCGCACAACAGCUACCACAUUGAGUCGGAUCUCGAGGAGCGCGAUGCGCAGCAGAAGUUGCUGAAGAAUACGGUGAAUUACUGGUACUCGCAUACGCAGUUGGAUCUCCAGCUGGGGGAGCAGCAGAUGAGGAAUCUAGAGAUUGAUGUCCUCGCCGACCCCAAAGGCGGCAACUACGCCGAGCCCCUUGUGCGCAGCAUGUCCGGGCUGCCGUACCCCACCGACCCGGCAUGGAAGGAGCCGGGGGUGAAGGUGCUGCACGUCCCGGGGGCGGACGUGCACACGCAGUGCGUGACGCUCAUCUCGUGCCUGGGAAUCAUCAAGUCGUGGAUGGAUGCUCACCCGCUCGCGGUGCCCAUCCCCAUCAUGAUGGAGCUCAAGGUGGCGGACGCCGAGCUGGGGUCCAGGCCGUACGCGUGGGACCGGGACGGCGGCGCGCUCCUCGACGAGCUGGACGACGAGAUCCGCUCCGUCUUCGGCGAGGACCAGCUCCUCACGCCCGACAGCCUUCGCCAGACGGGCAGGACGCUGGAGCAGUCCGUCCUGGAGAGGGGUUGGCCCGACCUCGACAGCGCGCGCGGCCGCAUAUUCUUCCUGAUGGAUAACGGACCGGACCACGUCUAUCGUCACGCAUAUAAGAAGGGCAGACCGAGUCUGCAGGGGAGGCUCAACUCUCCUACUUCCGACGAGGAAAACGCCAACAUCAGGAAGCAAGUGGCAGCCAACUACUGGGUGCGCACGCGGGCCGACGAACCGAUGGGCACAAUCAUCGGGAAGAACUGCAGCACGGAGCAGCGCGAGGCGGCCUUCCGGUCUGGAGCCCAGAUCGUCUCGACGGAUUUCCAGGCGUACGGCAUGAGUUCGCGGUGGGGGUGCGAGUACGCCUGCCGGCUGGACCGGCGGAGGGCGGCGCGGUGCAACCCGGUCAACGCGCCGAGGUGGUGCACCGACUGGACAGGCUUGGAGCCUAUCGAGUACCGUCUCGGACUUGACCAGGAGCUGUAG